GCCCCACCCAUAUAGGAAAUAAGAGGGAUUGUCUUGGGGGGCAUUUCCUCUAUCUUUUACCCCAGAAGAAACGCGAGCAUCAGGAGGCGUGUGGAGAAUGCGCGCACCUUGGAGACGUCCAGCGCGUCCAUGAAGGAAACGAUGGAGACAUGGCAAGCGCAAUUCUCCGUAUUUUGAAGCCAAUGAAUUAAAACACUUGUGUUACAUUCUCAAGAGCUUUAAAAACUGCGGGAUCCUGUCUUUGAGAGAAGCGUGUUCUUCUGUAGCCAACAAAAAUGGAUCUGUCCCCAACAAGGCAGCAGUACGGCUCAAAAAAGAGGGUUAAAAUUCACCCCAACACAGUCACGGUGAAAUACGACACACAUUUUCCCCAGCCGGGCGACGAAGGAUAUGAUGACGCUCCAUCUUUUGAGGACUUCGGCUCAUUCAUGGACAAUAACCCCAGUAAGAGACUGGUGUCAGAGAGCGGUCAUGGCAGGACUUUAUUCGGCACUAUGGAUUCUUACCCCAAACCCGAGCAGAAAGAUAAAGGCGUGGGUGGCCAGCUUGCAAGCUUUGGCGAGGCCUCUGUCUUAGCCUCGCGUGUCACUUGGGGUGCCCUUUUUGGAGCAGCCAUUGCUCACGGCUGCGUGGCCCUCAUUACACGCCUGGCAGCAGAUCGCUCCAAAGUGCCAUCAUUAGAGCUCAUCUUCAUCCGCUCUGUGAUUCAAGUGUUGUCCGUACUGGUGGUCCUCUACUACAAAGAAGCUCCAUUUGGGCCUAAGGGCUAUCGAUUGCGUUUGUUCUUCUAUGGGGUUUGCAACGUCAUCUCCAUCACGUGUGCGUACACAUCCUUUGCAAUCGUUCCGCCAAGUAAUGGCACCAUCAUGUGGCGGGCAACCACCACAGUUUUCAGCGCCAUUCUGGCCUUCUUGCUCCUAGACGAACGUCUCGGUUACACUGACGUAGUGACAGUUGUAGGUAGUCUCUUCGGUCUUUGUCUAGUCAUGAUCCCCAACAUCGCAGAUGAGGAGAAGUCCCCUCUGGGUUUCUGGAAAGAAGCGUUUGGGUAUACCAUGACUGUAAUGGCAGGUCUUACCGCAGCGCUGUCCAUGAUAGUGUACCGAGCCAUCAAAGAGCGCGUUAGCAUGUGGACAGCGCUCUUCACAUUUGGCUGGACGGGAACCGUGUGGGGGGCGUCCACUAUGUUCAUCAUGCAAGAACCCAUCAUUCCGUUGGACGGAGAGACCUGGGGCUACCUCAUCGGGAUCUGUAUCUGCUCAACCGUGGCAUUCCUGGGCGUCUACUAUGCUCUCAACAAGUUCCAUCCAGCUUUGGUCAGCACUGUGCAACAUCUGGAGAUAGUGGUAGCCAUGCUCCUUCAGCUCAUUGUGUUACGAAUGAUCCCCUCCGUCUACGAUGUCUUCGGAGCUCUGGUUAUCAUGGUCAGCGUGUUUGUUCUCACAGGUCUGAAGCUCUACUGGGUUGGAAGGGCCAUUCGACAGGAUUACCAGGAGAUAUUGGACUCACCAAUAAAAUGAGCGCGUCAAUGUGUGUGUACUUGAGCACAUGAGGGGGCAUGUAUAUGUGCGUGCGUGCAGUGUUUUCCAGCCUCCUUCUCUAAGAAAUGUGCAAUCAAUGAAUGUCUGGAUCUUCUGUGUUUAUUUUCAGUUGUGUCGUUGGAAGAGUGCCAUUGGUGUAAUGUCUUUGCUAUCUGUUGAUGUGUGAAAAUAAAAGCAAUGAUCCAUAGUGCCCCUCUCUGAUAGCAUUGAUUUUUCCAGUGCCAUUAAAACAGGAAUAAGAUGCAGUAGCCUGUAUAGAGCAGAUAAGCCUAAAUCUAUAAAUAGCGGGAUGCCGGAACCAGAUACCAUUGCAGAUAUUUCAGACUUUAGAGUUCCAAUUUAAGCCACACACUUAAAGUUGGAUUUGUUACCUUUUUGUGUUUUAUAA